AUGCCAUCUAUUGCUGUGCAUUACAACUUCUCUACAUUUAGGGUGAAGACAACUCCAAACUCUAACCUACAGGAUGCAUUGAGACAGUCGUUAGCGCAUUUUCAUUUAGAAGAUACUCCCAACAAAAAGUGGAUUUUAGUGCAUAAUAAGAAGAAAAUAGCUUUGGAUCUACCAGGACGAUUUUUAAACUUACCUAAUGGUGCUAAUCUUGAUCUGAUACCAGAAGAACUUUCAAAGAACAAGGAAGAAUUGGGAAAACUGUUGAAGAUUAGAUUCCAGAUUGUUGGAAGAGGUGCCGUUAUAGCAAAUGUAAGGUCUAAUGGGAAGAUGGUAGAUAUACUGGCGCAGUUGAAUUUGGGUGUCUCACUUAAAGGUUGUACCUUGAAAUUUUUUUCCAAGUCCCUACAAUACGAACAGUUGGACGAUUCGACGACUUUGGAAUCUUUAGGAAUUGAUGACCAAAGUUCCAUUAAAAUCAUAUUAGCCGAACAACAGAAACAGGAAGAGACCAAAGAGUCAACUAGUGGUGAGGAGGAAAAGGAAGAUGUAGACGUGGAAUAUCAGGAAGAUGAAAAUGGCCAAACUAAAACUUCUCCGGCAGAGCAGGAUACAACCAUCGAUACAAUAUCAGCGGAUGUGCAAAUGCACAUGAUUACAACUUAUAAGCCGACAGAGGUUUCGUUGGCCACACAAUUAGAAGAGGAGGAGGAAGUAGAAUUUGAAAUGACCAUAGAUCAGGCCAGGCGAUAUCAAAAUAUUCUCUCCAAACAAACGGGAAAUUUAAAUGGACCGUUAUUAACUAAAAGGUUAAGAGAAAAGAGUGAGAAAGAGCAUUCACUUAAGAGAACUCCACCAAAAGUAUGCACUUUAAGGAUUAGAUUUCCAGAUAGAACACAUAUCGAAGCUACAUUUAACGCUGAUGAUACAAUGGUUAGUGUUUAUAAUUUGGUAUCAAAUGCUUUACUGCAAGAUGAUAUAGAAUUUACUUUAAACCAGUCCUACCCAUAUACUGCAUUAAAUCGUGAUGAAUCUAAGCUAGUAAAUGACUUAAAAUUUGGUAAGAAAAAUUUGUUAGUUUUUAGCACUGACAAACAGCUUGAUCAAUACUUGAAGGAUGAGUUUUUAAGCAAAGCAAAAGAUUUAAGUGAGGCUGAUGAUGUGAAACUCGAUAGGGAAACGGCAAUGAAUAACGCAAGAAAGCAAGGAACGCAUAAGGAAGAACAACCCUCUACGCCUGGAUCUAGUAAAAAUAAAACUUCAUUCAAGAAGGUUCCCAAGUGGCUGAAAUUGAGUAAGAAAUGA